UUAUCGUCGCAGUAUCCGCGGUUCACUUCCUUCGUUUCGAAAUUAUUAGGGUUACUUCGAUUCGCACUCUCCUUCUUCGUCUCCGUCUCCGUCUCCAGCUUUGACAAUGCCUCGCUAUGAUGACCGCUAUGGAAACACUCGCCUCUAUGUUGGCCGCUUAUCAUCUAGAACUCGUACCAGGGAUCUUGAACGUCUUUUUAGCAGAUACGGAAGAGUACGAGAUGUGGAUAUGAAGCGCGAUUAUGCCUUUGUUGAAUUUAGUGAUCCUCGUGAUGCUGAUGACGCAAGAUAUUACUUGGAUGGACGUGACUUCGAUGGAAGUCGCAUCACUGUGGAGGCAUCCAGAGGGGCGCCUCGUGGUUCUCGGGAUAAUGGUAGCAGAGGCCCACCUCCUGGUUCUGGUCGCUGUUUUAAUUGUGGUGUUGAUGGUCAUUGGGCCCGUGACUGCACAGCAGGAGACUGGAAGAAUAAAUGCUACCGCUGUGGAGAAAGAGGACACAUUGAGAGAAACUGCAAAAACAGUCCUAGUCCAAAGAAGGCCAGGCAGGGUGGAAGCUACUCCAGGUCACCAGUAAAAUCCCGUUCCCCUCGCCGCCGAAGGAGCCCAAGUCGUAGCCGUAGUUACAGUCGAGGCCGCAGUUACAGUCGAUCGCGAUCUCCAGUGAGAAGAGAGAGAAGUGUGGAGGACCGAUCACACAGUCCCAAGGCAAUGGAGCGAUCUGUAUCUCCCAAAGGCAGGGACCAAAGCAUGAGUCCUGACAGAAGAGUGAAAGAUGCGAGCCCGAAGCGUGGAUCAGACUAUGAUGGUAGCCCAAAAGAGAAUGGUAACGGCAGGAGCUCUGUGAGUCCCGUUGUUGGAGGUGAUGAAAGUCCUGUUGUACUUGGUCAAGACAGGAGUCCUAUUGAUGAUGAGGCUGAGCUUAACCGCGCUUCUCCUAAAGGCAGUGAGUCACCUUGAUGGCUCACAGGUUAAAGCCAAAUGUAGCAUUGUGUACCGAUGGAUGUUGUUUCCUUUCCCUUUCUUUCUGCUUGAUACAUUCCUUUUUGUUGUGUGACUUGGAUCUGCUUUCUUUGAUACUCAUUUAGUUUGCUUUUAGACAACUCUCCAACUCUGCUAUGUUACGUUUCAUAAAUUUGUUUGGUAAUAAACAAAAAUUUAUAAAGUU